AUGCCGGCCAGAUUGAUUGACAGAUACGACCACGUCCCCGUGACGAAAGAAAAUCUCCCCUGGGCUGAGCUCGUCACCCUCGACCUGAGUCAAUAUGACCAGCCGGGAGGUAAGGAAGAGCUUGUCAAGCAACUGGACCAUGCCGUGCGACAUGUGGGAUUCUUCUACGUGAAGAACUUCAACAUCAGCCAAGACGAGAUCGACCGCCAAUUUGCACUCGGCCGCGAGUUCUACGCGCUGCCAUUGGAAGAUAAGCUCAAGUACCACAACAGCGCCGAUCUCGCGAGUGGCGAGUACAACGGCUACAGGCCUGCUGGCCACCGUGUUCUUGGCAAUGGCAUCAGGGACAACAUUCAAGUCUACAACAUCCCCAAAUUCGACGGACACCACAAGCGCCAGCAACCACCGGUGCUAGAAGACAACAUCGCAGAGAUCGAAGCAUUCAGCCGGAAAUGCCACAGCGAAGUCGUCGUCAAACUCCUCCGCCUCUUCGCCAUCCUCCUCGAGCUCCCUGACGAGGAUCAACUCGUCCGCGACCACCAGUACGACGUCAAGGGUGAGGACCACCUCCGCUACAUGCACUACGCCGCCCGCAGCAAGGAGGAAAACUCCCAAGUGGCCAGUAUCUACACCCCGGGCCACACCGAUCUCGGCACCGUGACCCUCCUCUUCCGCCAGCCCGUGGCGGCACUCCAGAUCCUCAACUCGGAGGGGGAGUGGAAGUGGGUGCGUCCGCAGGACGGGACGAUCACCAUCAACACGUGCGAUGCCUUGACGGCACUCACGGGCGGGUUGAUCAAGUCGAGCAUUCACCGGGUGCAUGCGCCGCCACCGGACCAGGCACAUGUGGAUCGAUUGGGGGUUUUGUACUUCGCGCGGCCCAACAACCAUGUGGUACUAGACCCGAUUACGAACAGCCCCCUGCUCAACCGGCUCGGACUCACCCAGAAUGUGUUCACGGAGCUGGGCCAGCAUCUGACAACGGAACAGUGGGUCAAGGUGCGGCAGACGCAGCAGCAGCGACGCAAUCGGGAUGUGAAGGUCUCGGAUGAUGGGAAAUUCACAUAUGGGGAGAAGGACCUGGAGAUUCUGCCUGGGCUGGAAGCCAAGAUUUAUAAUUAGAGCGCACUCCAGUAGGAUUUCAGAUCUGCAUUCACCUGCAUGAUGCACGUGACAGUGAUCAGCUAGGCCGUAUUUAGAAUUUUGCUGUGAUGUCCACGGUCAAAAUCAAC